AUGAUGUUGGGACAGAAAGUUUUUAUCAAACAAAAAUGCUCGCAUAUUAAUUGCUACAUUUCAUAUGAUGAGAAUUUAUUAAAAGAGGAUCAUAGAAAUUUUGAUGCGGUAGUUUUUAAAGGAAGAAAUAUUAUAAAUUAUGUUGCAAGUGAAAUAAAUAUAACACGAUCUCCCGAACAAUUAUACAUAUUUAACUCUUUAGAUUCUUCAGAAGUGUAUCCUGUCUGUAACAAAAUGUUUGACAACUUUUUCAACUGGACGUGGACUUACAAGCUCAAUUCGGAUGUAGUGCAUCCUUUUUUCAAUAUUUAUGAUAUCAAUAAUAAAAUAGUUGGUCCGAAAAUAGAACUUAAUUGGACAAGAAAAAUGGAUCACACGGAUAAAUUCAAAAGUAAAAUGCGCAAUAAAACCAGAGCGGUGGCGUGGAUUAUAACAAAAUGUAGAUUAAAAGUUAAGCACGAAGAGUUUAUAAAAGAGUUGAAAAAAGAACUGCAGUUUUAUAAUUAUACAUUAGACGUAUUCGGACCAUGCGGCGAUAAAAAGUGUCCCAAAAGAAGCAAAAAGGGAUGCCAUAGUUUAAUAGAAAAAGAAUACUUCUUUCAAAUGGUUAUAGAAGAAACAUUCGCUGAAGAUUAUGUUACGGAAAGAUUGGUUAGAGCUAUGAAUCAAAUCGCUAUACCGAUUGUAAUGGGCGGCUCGAAUUUUAACAGAUUUUUGCCCCCUGGCUCUUACAUCAACGCACAAUCAUUUGACAUGAAGAAACUUGGUGCAAUUAUUGACUACCUGAUCAAAAAACCGUCAACGUAUGAGUAUUUCUUUGAUUGGAAGAACCACUACUAUUAUAUGGCAAGGCAAAGGUCAAAUAUGUGUGAGCUGUGUACAAAAUUAAAUGAACGUACCAAUAUGACUGCUCCAAAAACAUACCCGAAAUUCAGGACUUGCACGGUAUCAAAUAUCAUUUACUAA